GGAACGCGCCAGGUGAUCUGGUGGAAGAAGACGAAGAAGAAGCCCCGUUCUCAGCCAUUCAUGGAUCCUACGACGGAUGCCUCUACGAAAAUGAACAAAUCCCUCUUUCGGCGCCGUAGUGCGUCCAAAGGAUCGGACAUCUCUCAGGCUGCAGACUCUGAGGGACCGGGCGUGGAGUCAACCCGCCAGACUAGAAACCUGAGUCGCAGGAAAAAAUCGAAGGCAAGGCGUCGUUCCCGCAGGCUUCCUUCGUCGUCGGGUGUCGGCCAUAGCCCGAGUGCGGAAGAAGGAGAUCGACCCUCACGGAGCCGUGGGGCGCACGUAGGCAUCGGACCUCUGGGUAGACGCCAUCAUCGAGAAGGCGCGGUGCCUCCGCCAUCAGGACCCCAAUGCAUCCGCCGACGAAGACCUGUUCCCGGAGUUCCCCGCCCUCGAGGUCGCGCACAGUGCCCUGGUCUCCGCGCCUGCCAUGGAACGGUUCGUGCGACCGACGGAUGACCUGAGCGAGGAGCAGGCGUUCCUUAUCGCCAUCUGCCACGGGAUGUGCUAUCCUUCUCAUCGAGUCACUGGCGCCGUCGCCGGUUCCGUCUGCAACAAAGCGAUGCGCAACAGUCCUGCUUUCGCUUACGCCUUCGGAUGCAGAGAAGGUUCGCCGAUGAACCCCGCUCUGAAGUGCCGCUUCUUUCAGUGAGCAAUUCACGUGCCGGAGUGAAAUGUUUGCACCGUAGACGAAACUUGAACUUGCCUGCCCCACAACUUAUAUGGCAAGCAUGUGCGAGCCUGGACUGCUCGUUUCAGAGGGACCUUGAAAGCUGAUUCGCCCACCGUGAUGACAAACUCCGAGAGACAUGCCAUGCUGCAGUCCAUUGUUGUUGUAUAUAGACUUUGCUUACUUAUAUGGAAUUGAGCAUUUUCAUACAUUCACUGCAUUCGGCGAGUGGUGUAGUAUUGAAGUUGAUGAGACUGUGCAGUUAUUUAAUUGACAGUCGUCUUGCUUGUUCUGUGAAAAACCGUUUUAUUUUAUUGGCCACUAUUUGUGGGACUUCUCAAUAGCCUUCUAUUAACGACAUAUUUGAAUACUAGUGCGCCCAUGCCCACGUUCGUUACUUAUCAUUCCGCUACCUUAAAAAGGUGAUAAACACAGCGUCUAUACGGCUUUGUCGAGUGGUCUUGGAAACACUUUGCCGGGACGGUCAAUUGACGCUUCAUGUGACGUCCGACUUUGUACGAAGUUUAUUGAGCUUCGUGUUAUGUAAACUGUUCAGUAACACAUAUUUUUUGAAUAUACAGUAAAUGCAAACGCACCCUCAUUGUGCAAAAUGAAAAGUACUGGAGUCACUACUACGAGUUGCUACGUGUCACUGAAGAGUGUAGCUGGAUUCGCUCCAUAAACUGUAAUGCGAAUGCAAGUGGUCAGCAGAAUCCCCGUUACGAUUGCAGGACGCACGCAGAAGAGACAGGGAUGACAACCAGGCGCAAUCACUUUUUGCAUUAAUUACAGCCGUGAUAACAGUGUAACAUACAUUUGAGGCGACGUGCGUCAUCUUGAUAUUUCUCUGGCAAUACUAAAAUAUGGCAAUCCUGAAAAAUAGAGCAAAGUUUAACGUUUCUGAUGAUGCAAAUUUCUAUGAGAAUAAACAAUGUUGUCUAUUUCUAAAA